GCCUGGCGGGCAACGGAAGUGGCGCCAAGGGGCGAUUAAAAUGGCGGCGGCGUGAAGUUGCAUGUUGUGGUGGGGGCCCCCGCUGAGUCCGUUGGCAGGAACCGCCCGUCUUCUUCGCCGCCGCCUCUUGGGCCUUCGCUCCCGCCGCCAUGGCGGUGACCGUCACCCUCAAGACCCUCCAGCAGCAGACCUUCAAGAUCCGGAUGGAGCCCGAAGAGACGGUCCGAGUUCUUAAGGAGAAGAUUGAAGCUGAAAAGGGCAAGGAAGCUUUCCCAGUCUCGGGCCAGAAGCUUAUCUAUGCUGGCAAAAUUCUGAGUGACGACGUCCCCAUCAAGGAGUAUAAGAUUGAUGAAAAGAACUUUGUGGUGGUAAUGGUCACUAAGAACAAAGCAGGCUUAGGAGCUCCUGCUCCUUCACCUAGUGAGGCCACGUCCACGUCCGAACCCACGCCAUCUUCUGGGCAGACACAACUGCCCACAACGGCAGUUGUCUCACCCCCACCAGCUGCCCCAUCAGGUGACGAAAAGCCUCCUGAAGAGCCAGUAACUAUUCCCCCACAGGAAUCCACAGUUAGCUCUAUUCCCCCUUCAGGUAGCAUGGGACGUGAAGAUGACGCAGCGUCCACUUUAGUUACUGGCUCAGAGUAUGAGACGAUGCUGACAGAAAUCAUGUCCAUGGGCUACGAGCGAGAGCGGGUAGUGGCAGCACUGCGGGCCAGCUACAACAACCCCCACCGUGCUGUGGAGUACCUGCUAACGGGCAUCCCCGGUAGCCCAGAACCAGAGAGAGGUCCCAUCCAGGAGAGCCAGCCUCAAGAGCAACCAGUACCAGAAGGAGAGAAUCCUUUGGAGUUUCUACGAGACCAGCCCCAGUUCCAGAACAUGCGGCAAGUGAUCCAGCAGAACCCAGCCCUUCUCCCAGCCCUGCUUCAGCAGUUAGGCCAAGAGAACCCUCAGCUGCUGCAGCAAAUCAGCCAGCAUCAGGAACAAUUCAUUCAGAUGCUAAACGAACCCCUGGGAGAAAUGGCCGACAUUGCAGAUAUUGAAGGAGAGAUGGGUGCUAUUGGAGAAGAAGCUCCUCAGAUGAAUUACAUCCAAGUCACACCUCAGGAAAAAGAAGCCAUUGAAAGGUUAAAGGCCCUGGGCUUCCCCGAGAGCCUGGUGAUCCAGGCAUAUUUUGCUUGUGAGAAGAAUGAGAAUCUGGCGGCCAACUUCCUGCUGAGUCAGAACUUUGAUGAUGAAUGAUAAAGGAAAAGAGUUUUAUAUAAAAUUCUCUAUAUAAAUAUUCGUUUAUUUAAAGGGGCACUACUUGGGCUGGGGAUGAUAUGAUUUUAGAAUAUCCCAGAUGAAUUGCUGGCUGGAGGAGAAUACUCUAGCUUAGAAACUGAGCAGUGGAGAAAAAAAAAAGCAGAAUAAAUGGACCUUCUCUUCCCUCCCCCCUAAAAACAACAAACAACCCAUCAGCGACUGUAUUUGAGCCCAGCUGCAUCCCACAACAGUGCUUGGACUGGCAGGCAGAGUGUUCAGGGAAAGGUUGACACAGCAGAUGGGUUCUAUUGGACCUUCUCCCAUCUGAGCUGAUUGCGUGUGUGCAAACAGAUUGCUCUUUUGUUUGCAAAUCUCCCCCCGCCAGCGCACAGUACUAAAGCCUAAAUAUGUCUAUGCCUGUCAGCUAAUUCUUUCCACCCCUGGCCCUUGAAAUAUGCCCAGUUGUCCAUCUCUGUUCCAAAGAGCUGUGCGUCCUAGGUGGCUGACUUGCCUUCAGAUGAUAUUUUUGAGAGCUGUGCCUACGUUGAAGAGGCAAAGCUCUACAUUAAAGAGGCACGGCUCUGCAUGGUGGGGAAAUAUUUUGUGAUAUUGCACACAGACACAGCACAUUUCCCUAUGCUGUUGCUGCCUCUGUCUCCAUCGUCUGUUAGGCACUUCUCACCUUGAACCUGCAGCUCUCUGACACUGUCUUUCAGUUUACUCUCACAAGAAAUUUUCUGAAUCUUUGAUUUUUUUCCCCGUUUUCUGUGACAGUACAGGGUUUUGGCCAGCUGCUCUGCACUACCAGAAAUAUGGCUGAAUUACCUUUAAAAUCUCUUCUGAAGUUGCUUAAGCAAGGUUUUCAAGAUUCAACACUCAUGUAAUUUAUUGCUCAAUAUAGUUUGAUUUUCAGUCAUUUAAUUUUAAGCUUUUGAAACUUGCAAACCUAGCGCAGUAGCAAAAGCAAAAGGCGGAAUACAUUUUUACAAAGCCCUGUAGUUGCUGAAUCUCUUAAAGUGGCUAUUUUGGAGCGGAUACAUAUUGAAUGAAACUCAUUUCUGUGUUGUGGAAGUUUGAAGGAAACAUAUUUUCUAGUAUUAACUUGAUUUUCUCUUGUUGAAACCAUACUUGUAUUUUCAAUACCCUUUUCCCCUAAUGAAGCCCCAUUUGUAGUUUGGGAUACAAAAUCUGUGUUUUAGACAUGGGGGUGGGCAACUUUUUUUAAUUUUGAGAAAAAGUCAAAUUGACAUUUUCAAAGAUAUACUUUAAUAGGAAAAUAUGUAAAAAAGAAAAAUCCUGUUUUACUGUACCUUUUUUGAAACUUGCAUUUGAGUACAUAUGGACAUAUCCUGAAUGAACUUAUCAAAAAGAUUGUUUAAAUUUUGGGCUUUUCAGUCCCUGCUUGCCCAGAGAAAUUGACACUUAACUGUUAGCAUGGGCAGAUACAACACUGCAGAGUCUUUCCCAGUUUAGAUCAUCCUACACCUUUAUGAGGGGAUGUUGGUCAAAGUUGUUUCUGGUUUGAGCAUCAAUAAAACUGUCAGUUACCACCUGUAAACCCCUGUUUGCUUUGAUAAAUGAUGCCAUUGACUGUUGCCUUUCUUUCCUCCACCUCUUUUCUGUCUGGAAGUCCAACUCAGCCCACGCCCACUGCAAACAAAGCCAGAGUAUUACCUCUAUGCCUCAAAAAUAAAUUCUGAAGCCAUACAUUUCUCCUAAAUUGUGUGAUAUUGUUGUGUGGCUAUGAGUGACAGUAUGCAAUAGGUUCUGAGUAAGCUAAAUUGAUUUGAUUGUAACAAUGGUGGGGAAAGGCAUGGAGGAGGCAGAAACUACCAAUUCUUAAGCGUGAAAAUCUGUCGAUUGAUUAGAGACUUCCUCUAGGAAAGAUCCAAGGGGGGAAAGGAUCAUUUGGUUGGAUAAGCAAAGCUGCUUUCUUGGCUGUGCUGAAGUAACCCAGUUUGUUAAAAGCUGAAGGUCCUUUUCUAAGCAGUAGCAGAUCUCAGCAUGUUAGGCGCAACUGACUUCUGGAUGCUGUUCAGAAGUCUUUUCCUCUGGAUCUUAUGGUUUGUCUUAGACAUUCAGGCAGCAUAGUGAAGUCUUCCGGCCAAGAAAACAGGAGGGGCUGCUGGUUGCUAUAGAAAAUUUUUUCAACUUGAGAGUGAGAUGCAUCUCUAUACAUUUGCAGCCCAUAUACUUGCUCCAGCUCCAGAAAAAUGCUGCAGCUGCAGUUGCUGCCUUCUAACUCCAAACCAGUGGUACAUAAAUGUUUGGGUACACUGGUGAGAUGCUGAAUGUAUUGCUCAACAGAGAAAUCUGAGUUUUUUUUAAUGUUGUGCCUAAGAUCCUGGAAUUUCACAAAAAGGAGGCACCUGUGUGUAGCUGCGUACCUCUUCCCAUAGGAAUAAUAAUAAACAAAUACACGCAAUCUUGGUUAACUUGCAAAAUGUAUAUGAAUGCUGAAAUUUAACUCCCUGGCACUAAUUUUUCUCACACAAUCGAUCAAUCGGUUUUCUGUCUCAGAUCUUCAUGUGAAAACUGCCGCCACAUAUUUUGCCAGAUAGAGGUGAAGAGGAAAAGGAAUAGCUUGUAAAGAAGCAUUUUGAUUGGCUUUGCUGACAAAUUUCUAAGUCUGAUGAAAGAUUCCCAAUUAUCCCUUUUCAGGAAGUGGGAUUAUUGAAUUUUAGGGUUGACUUAAAGUUCUUUGUUUGAAUGCAAAGCAUUGAGGGUUAUCCUUCGGUUUCCCUUCCAUCCUGGGUUGGCUUGGAGAGCUUCUCCUCUGUGCUUUUUCUGUCUCAGGUUGAAAUGUUUUGGGUAAUGUGAAUGAGGUGUGAAAUAAAUAAGUUGCAGAGGCCACAUAGUGGCAGGAAA